UCCUCUCCGUGCGGACAACUCCACUCCACUCGUCCACUCCUACUACCAGCUUCUCACUCCCACUCCCGCAGGCGGGUGAUCCAUGGCCACGGCGCUCCGCCUCCCGUCUCUCCUCUCCUCCCGCGCCGCCCCUACCACCGCCGCUCGCGCUACCAUCCGAGGGAAUCGGACAGGAUCGUUUACUCACAGGGUCGCCGCGCAGCCUGACGACACCACCGCCACCACCUCCACCUCCACCACGCCGGCUCCGCCCGCCGGGUUCACGCCUCCGGUUCCCAAGCGGUUCGAGGUCAAGCCCGGCCAGUCAAACAACAUCGCCGGCGCCGCCCUCGCUUUGCCCUUCCGCCUCGGCACCGGCGUCUUCGUCCUAGGAUAUGGAGUGACACUUGUUGAUGCUAACGAGAUAUCACCAGAUCAAUAUGCUUUGGAUUUCCAAGGUCGGAAGGUGAAAGAAACGUCGAAGGUGGGGCAGUGCCCUCGACCUGCUAAGCCUAUUGAAAUAUACGAGUUUGAAGGAUGUCCAUUUUGUCGAAAGGUCAGAGAGAUGGUAUCCGUCCUGGACCUUGAUGUUUUAUAUUACCCUUGUCCUAAAGGCAGCCCAACCUUCCGGCCAAAGGUUCUAGAGAUGGGUGGAAAGAAACAGUUUCCUUACAUGGUCGAUCCAAACACAGGAGUUGCUAUGUAUGAAUCAGAUGACAUCAUAAAUUACCUGGCAAAAACUUACGGUGAUGGAAGUGUUCCAAUUAUGCUAAAACUUGGUCUAUUGACAACAAUAACGGCAGGGCUUGCAUUGAGUGGGCGUAGCGGGAAGGGGUCUUCCUACAGUCCUGCAAAGCUUCCAUCUCAGCCAAUAGAGAUAUGGGCAUACGAGGGAUCUCCUUUCUGUAAAAUAGCGCGUGAGACCCUUGUCGAAUUGGAGUUGCCACACUUGCUACACAGCUGUGCGCGUGGCAGCCCCAAGCGACAGGAUUUUUUUGAGAAAUAUGGUCUUUUCCAGGCGCCUUAUAUCGAGGAUCCUAACACGGGGGUAAAGAUGUUCGAAAGCGCCGACAUCGUAGAGUAUCUGAGGGCAACAUAUGCUGCUUGAGAAUCCCUGUCACUGUCUUUUCUCAGUAAAUAACUAAAUAUUGAGCUCAUAGCUGCCAUGUCUCUUCUCAUGUAGUAGAUCACAUUCUUUACUAGGAAAAAUGGUGCAUACUAGAUAUGUAAGGUGUAAAUUAUAUUCGCUGCAGCUGAGACAGCGUCUUUGCUAUCUAAGAGACACUGAAUCUGAGGCCGUAGAAAA